CAAAUAUGGCGGCAUAUGUCCAAACAAGCGUUUGGCAAGAGAACUUCAUCACAACAUGAAAGAAACUGAAUGCACACAAUAAGUUAUUGCUUUAAGUAUAAAGACAAGGAAGUUACCAACCAGAACAGUGUGCAGCAAAGAGCAGUCUUAACCAAGUAUUCAUCAUGCCGACCGGACCAUUUGGGGAAAUCCUGGGGACAACUGGGACCUUGGAUGACCUGUCCCCAGCUGCUAAAAAUUACAAGAGCAGGGUUGUUGCACCACGAAACCCAAAACUCCUUCAAGAAACAGAAGAAAGUCGAAGGAUCACACCCAGCAAAUAUUUGUUUGAUGUAAAGAUGAGCACUGAGCAGAAAUUAGCGAACACAAGAGACAUGAGAAUCCCACCAAAGGUAGAACUGCUGGAUAUGGGGGACACCACACAUCAAAAGUUUUCACAAGUGAAUAUAGAUGAACCAAUGUUCCAGCCAUUUCUCGAAAUUUAUUACCAACAAUUCGAGGCUUUCAAAACUUAUGAGGUUCCGCUAACUCUGCGAAACAAUGACAAGGUGCCACGUCUGGUCAAGGUGACCCAGGCAGAUUCUCCUUAUUUCCAAAUCAUUAGUCCGCAUAACGUAGGUCAUAAGGUGGGGCCAGGCCUUCCAACCACAUUCAAGCUACAGUUCAGACCUGAGGAGAAAAAGGACUAUUACCAUGAGCUGGUGUGCAUCACAGAGCGCGAGAAGUUUAUUGUUCCAGUACGAGCUAUCGGUGCUCGAGCAGUCCUCGAUUUCCCAGAUGAGAUCCACUUCCCAGUCACUCCGGUCAAAUAUCCUAGCUCUAAGACUCUUUUGGUCCGCAAUAUAGGAGAUGCAGAGGCCAGAUUCUCUCUGGAUGUCUCAGAGCCUUACUCCAUCACACCUGUCAACGGGACCCUACCUGUUAACGAGAGUAUACAGGUGACCUUGGAGUUCAAACCGCACAAAGUGGGCGAUCACAAGACUGACCUCCUGCUUAAUUAUGACACAGGUGAGGAAAUCAGCAUAGGCUUGUACGGAGCGGCCCAAGACUCUAAUGUUAGGCUGGACAGGAAUGCCAUCCGUGUGGAGAACACCUUCAUCUCCAUGGCCAAUCAGAGAACGGUAACCAUUAGCAACCGCACGGAUGUGAUCACUCACUUCCGCUGGACACAGUUUGCCACUCAAGAGGAAGAAGAUAGUCACAGAGGGAGGCUUGUGCACAGCCUAGGGGAGGAGCGGAAGACUGACACUGACCUCUUCCUAGAGGAGUGUAUAUCUGACCCCACCCUCAGAGACAAACUCUCUAUCCUGGAGAGGACCUUCAAGAACAGACAGAGUCUUGUAUUGGAUGACCAGAUGUUCUAUAAUGAUGAUGUGGUCAAGAUUGAACCAGUGGAGGGAGAUAUCUGGCCAAACUCCACAUUUGAGGUCAGCGUCAUCUUCAAACCCCGAGAAGCCAAGACAUACACCCGCACAGCCUUCUGUGACAUCACCGGUCGAGAAAGCCGCCUCCCACUUCGCAUCCGAGGCGACGGCAUAGGCCCAACAGUGCAGUUUUCUUUCGAGACUUUAGACAUGGGGAAUAUCUUCAUCGGCUCCAAGCACACCUACGAAAUAGUGAUGGCCAACAAGGGCGAUAUUGACGCUAUAUUUUCUGUGAUCCCAAAGAGCUCUAUUUUUGGGCCGUGUUUCUCGUUCAACCCGUCGGAGGGUAUUGUGAUGCCUGGAGGUCAUCAGGCCAUACAGGUCAACUUCAGCAGUCCCUACCUCGGAGACUUUGACGAAACAUUUGAUUUCCAAGUUGACGGACAACCUGAACACUUGCCUAUCACAUUCACGGGAACUGUUGUGGGGCCAACAUUUCAGUUCGACGUCCCCAGACUGAAAUUUGGACUUGUCUCGUAUGGGUUUCCGAACAUGAAAGAGUGCGUGCUGUCCAACACUUCCCUAGUCCCCAUGACCUUUCACCUCCGUGUGCCUGGAGAUGGAUCUGUGCCUAGCGUCUGUGCCACGAGUGACCACAACAGUAUCCAGCAUGGCUUUACACCCACAGGGGGGCAGCCCAAGGAGUUUGAGAUUAUCCCUGAGAGGGGCACCCUACCUCCGCAGAGUGACACAAAGAUCAAAGUCCAGUUCAUCUCAAACACUACCAAGAAGUAUGAGAUGGCUCUAGUGGUUGAUGUGGAGAAUGUGGGAGAAGAUAUCUUGUCCCUGCCCAUCCUGGCAAAGUGUAUUGUACCCCCUAUCACAGUGUUGAAUCCCCUGCUGGAUUAUGCUCGCUGUUUCCUUGGUCACCCUUAUGAGCUCACCAUGAAGUUCCACAAUGACACGGACCUGUCAGCCAAGUACGAGGUGGUUCCUCAGAGCUCUACCCAAUCGGCACCCAUGUUCUACAGAAGCCCAGUCCCUAAGGGUAUUCUUGAGCCACACAGUGUGUGUGAAGUUCCCAUGAUGAUGGAAGCCCAGUGUCUUGAGGAGGUAGAGAGUGCAGCUCAGGUGAUGAUAUUCGGCAGCCCAGAACCUCCUCUGACAGUUUACUUACGGUGUGUGGGAGAGGGGCCUGUUGUUCACGUGGCCCCGCUGGCUAUGAACUGGGGGACGAUUCCCGUUCUUACAGACAGCAGCCGUGUGAUGGUCCUGUCCAACGAGUCACUCAUCCCAGCCAAGUUCAAGGCCUACAUGGCCCGUUCUCGCAGUGUCUUCAGGGUAGAACCAGGAGAGGGAGAAAUUGCCCCAGAACAGAGCAUCGAACUCAACGUCAUUGCUUGUCUCAACGAUUGUAUCAAGUUUGAAGACAAGCUUCACAUCAACAUUGACCUGAGUCAGGAUAGAGCUAUCCCCCUAACAGCCUGUGGGGAGGGGACCACAAUAGUGUCAGACCCCCCACUGGAUUCAGUCUUAGACCUGGGACCAAACUUUAGCAAUCGUCCCCUGCGGAGGAGCUUUGUCCUAACUAACAAGGGCCGGCGUCAUCAACAGCUUGUCUGGAGUACUGAUGGCUUUAUGCCCAUCAAACUCAAGAGAGUCGUCAAUUGCAACCCCAUGGACAUCAAAAACAAGUACCAAGCUCCAGCCCAGAGGCCUCCCAGGCCCAUAUUCAAGCUGACACCUACCCGCAUGGACAUUGGCCCAGGGGAAAGUCAGGAGAUGGUACUGGAGGGGAUCGUGGACGGUCCGCAGUAUGUUCGAGAGAAACUGUUGUGUCAUGCCAUCAUUGGACGACAGGGUGGAAAAGAGCUGGUGAGGAAAGUGGACGUGUCCUCACAGUUUAUCAGCCCGCUUGUCGAGUUCUCUGCAAAGAGUGUAUUCUUCAGAGUGGACAAAGUAACCCCAGACGAGACUUUAGGACUGCACACAAAGGAGUUAACCCUGACCAAUGUGUCCAGUCUGUCCCUGACCACCCUCCUUAAGCUCACUUACCCAUUCCAACUGCUCAUGAAGGAUGACAUUGAGACUUCAGAAGCUGAGAUAGAGCUUGGGGUGAAUGAGGUGUGUACACUGAAGAUCCAGUUUGAUCCUGCCUAUAAAGAUGACAGUCACAUCCGCACCAUCGAUGAGAUCCUAACAGUCUCUUACAAACAACACCCUCACAUUGACUACAUUGCACUGCGUGGUGAGGUCUACUUUCCCAACCUUGAGUUUGAGAACAUGGUUGUGGACUUUGGCUGUAUCCUCAACAACACAGAGGUCACUCGUUAUGUCAACAUCACCAACAACAGUCCCAUGGAGGUCAAGUACAAGUGGUCAUUCCUCAUCGGCAACGAGCCCUGCACCAAGUUCAACCCUCGUCCAAAGCCAGCAUUCCACCAGAGUGGCGAGGGGGAAGACGCUGACGCUGAUCAGGCUGUUGAAGAGGAGGAGGAGGAGGAGGAAGAAGAAGAGGCUCCUCAUGUGGAGGUCGUCAUAGAAACUGGUGAGGAAGAGGAGGAGCAACAACAACAACAACAGGGGGCUCCAGAUGAAGGGUUUGAAGAUGACCAGGAAGAAAAGGAAACGGACAUCAUCCUUGAGGAGGUAGAAAAGGCCCAGCUUGAGAAGAGUGAGAAAGUGCCUGUUAAGGACAACAAGAUGUUUUAUCACAAUGUUGAGACAAUACCGGAAGAGGAGGUAGAAAAGGGCCAGCUAGAGGAAGAACAGGGUGCUGAGGAGGGGAUAGACAAAGAGGAAGCAGAGAGGGCUGGAGACAGCAGAAUAUCUGAGAUUCCCAUGCCCACCACACCUGAUCUGCGCCCCAAAACUCUGCUGGAAGAAAACAGUGUGUUGGCCGCAUUGCUUAAUGAGGACAGAGAACCUUCCCCUGUGGGCGUUGAAGAGGUGUUUGACAUCCUGCCUCUCUAUGGGACAUUGCGCCCUGGUGACACGGAACAGGUCACCUUGACCUUCUAUGGUCACGCAGACAUCUGGGGUCAGGCGCGUGCCGUGUGUGAGGUGGAGGGAGGGCCUACCUAUGAGUUGACACUGAAGGGUGAGGCAUCACUGGUGGAGUACAACUUUGACACACUCCAGAUUGAUUACGGCAAACAGUUGUAUGAUCAAGCCGCCUGUGCUGAAAUUACUCUCAUGAACACGGGAAAAGUGGGUUUCGAAUUCACAGCUUUUAACAUGGACCCAGCGCUGGUUAAGCGACCUAAGCCAGGCUGCCCAGUUGUUAUUCCACAUACUGGUUACAUUGCUCCAAUGAGUGAGCAGACGCUGACAGUUCGCUACACCCCUGGCGUACCCGAGAAGUUCACCAAGAGCUUCCUCAUCCAGGUUGCUCACUUUGAGCCAGAUACCGUACAGCUCACUGGGGAGGGGGUCUUCCCACGCAUUUCCCUCGAUCUUCCCCGGGCUCUGGAGGGACCUCACAGUGACCUGCUCAGACAGGCUGGAGAGAACCUUGGGGGUCCAGAACCUGGCUGGCAGGAACCCUCUGUACAAGACCCCAUGUCACACAGGUCCCGGUCUGCCCAGUCCUUGGUCCCAGAUCUAAAGAAGGACACAGAGUUAGACAUCACCCCCAGACAUUCUAAACAGGAGACCAAGCUUGACACCCAGCCAGAGCAGCACACAGGCAACGCGCAGCCAUCAGCUCUGGACAUACAAAUGGAGAUGGAGAGACUGAUUGUAAAGGAGUUUGCCAGCUCUGUGCUAAGGGAAGGUACACGAUCGGAACAGGAUUCCACACCCCACGGCACUGCUGAAUCAAAAGGAGGCAAGAGACGCGCGAAACCCAAAGCUGUCUUACCGGCUUACGUACUAGACUUUGGUUAUGUUGUCAUGGGAACUGUUAGAACUCAUGUUGUGCGUGCCACAAAUACCGGCUGGUUCCCGGUCUCCUUUCAAAUGCAGCGGGGAAAUUUCCAUGCCGAAGGUUUCAGCAUUGAGCUGGACAAGGUCAGACAACUGCCCGGCGCUCCCGAUCAUGAAACCCUUGACUUCAUGGUCAGCUUUGAUCCCAAGGGAGCUAACCUGCCUUUGGGACCUGUGGAAACCUUUGCACAAAUAAACGUUUUGGGAGGUCCAAUGGUAGGGAUCAAGCUGUGUGCAGAAGUGACCAUGCCUGACAUGCAGAUCUCCGAUGACGUGCUGGACUUCAGCGAGGUGAAGUGUGGCGAGUGUAAGGUGGUCACUGUCCAGUUGUACAACCAGCAGAUGGUCAGAUGUGAAUGGAGUGCACACUGUAGUGAUCGCAGACAGACUGACAAGCAUUUACCACUUCACCUCAAACGUAAACAAAAGCUGGAGAAGAACAAGCCGCAUCAUUUUGAGGUCAUGCCCCCUGCUGGCAGCUUGAUGCCGGGUCAGAGGUCAAACGUCCAGGUCAAGUUUAUGCCAACGGAAGAGCGCUACUAUGAGGUAAGAAUUCCAAUCCGCAUCAGCCAAAGCACCCAGAGAAUUAUGCUACUGUGUAAAGGCCAGGGGAGAGAACCGCGUCUGGAGUUUGAGCCCAAUCUGCAGGAGUUUGGACCUGUGUUGGCACACAGCAGCGGAGACGAACAGGAAAUCUUGGUGAAGAAUCCUUGCGACUUUCCUGUGGAGUUCUAUAACUUGGAAUUUGACAAAGGUUAUCUGGAGGAAGAGAGGAUUUUGCGUUUGAUGAAAGGCUAUGAUGAAUACAGUACCAUCUUGUUGCCCCCACGCUUACCUGGCGAGAAAUUGCCACAAGAACUUUUGGAGUUUUAUGAAGAUCUGUUAAGGAAGUAUGAAGAGCAGGAGAGGGCUAAACAAGAAGCUGAGGAAGCAGCUGAACAGCUUAGGAAGGAGCAAGAAGAACGAGACAGAAAUGAAGCACUUGAGCGAGGUGAGGAUGACUCUGAGGACGCAGUGGACCCAGUGGCGACUCUGGAUGUCCCCCAGCUGUCCUCAUCUCGCCCCGACUCCUCAUCCACCCCCCAGCAGGUGCAGCAUGAGCUCACCCAGAUAGAACAGGAUGCAGACAGGGAGAAGGACGAUGCUGUAGAAGAGAAAUUGCGCGAAUCUGUGAGCAGCUCUAUGGGUGUAGGUGAGCUGGAGAUCACACCAGUAUCUGCUGCCAUCGCUCGCUACUUAGGCAUCGACCUGUCAUCUGAGGGCAAAGCUGCCAGGAACAGGCGUGGGCUUGCUGUCAUUGUCAACGGAGCUCCGAUGUCAGGAAAAACCAGCACUGCUGUCAUGUUGGCCAAACAUUAUGAAGCUGCCCUACUGAAUGUCAACUCGGUUGUGAUGGACGCCAUUGCCAACGGGAACACGCCUGCAGGUCUGAGAGCGCGGGAGAUGUGCUCUGAGACAGCUAAGCGCAAAGCCGAGGAGUUGAGAGUACAGGAGGGUGACGAGCCUGAAAGACGUGGGACAAUCGCUGGUGGACUGAGUGUGGAGGCGGUGACGGCCCACACACAGCAAGCUCAGCCGAAAGGCUCUGGUAACUAUCAAGUAAACACUUGUACCAGCACACUGGCUCAUACCAAACACUGAAGACUAAGGAAUGAUGUAGCUGUUAAGCCAAGUUGCCCCCAGAUCAUUUAUCUUAACGAAUAUCUGGCUAUGGCUUGCAGAUUGGAGAACAAACUUAAAACACCCAUGUUGUUAUGCUGUUGUUGCUUGAUGCUUGGCUGUUUUUGUAUGCUUUCACUAAUAAUUUCACUAACUGCUUGUUCUGCACGUUGUUUCCUUUUUUCUCCCCCCGUUUGGACCCCUGCGUACUUUCUCACAGCACCUGUCUUCCCAAUUGCACCAGUCUUGGCUGUAUCAACCCUGAGUUCAGCCCAUCGUAAGACUAGUGUUUUUUCAGACUUUAAGGGGAAGACUGAGAAGCACUUAGGCGGCAGUCAGGCAGGCACCAAGACUUUGGCUAAUACGUCCACUACUGAUGGUGCAACCACCAGUCAGGUACCCAGCAGCCCACCCCCUCUCCUGGCGCCAAUUGCUCGUCGUCUGAGCGUCAGUGCCAGUGUGGCAGGAGAGGAAGGCCUGAUGAGCUGUGUUUUGCCUGACGAUCUCCUGGUCGAAAUUCUCGCUGAAAGACUACAGCUGAAUGACUGUCACACGGGUGUGGUGUUUGAUGGCCUAGAAACCCUGUUCAGCCAGAACAUGUACACAACAGCGCAGGCCAUCCUCAAAGCUCUGAACAACCGGCGAUUCCUAUUUUUUGUCACACUCAAACUGGACUACAGUAAGCUGAAGGAACAGGAGAAAGCCAAGCAUGAGGAACAAGAGAGAGAAACCAAACGUAAGGAGGAGGAAGAGAGACAGAAACUGGAGGAUAUGUCUGAGGAUGAGUAUGACGCGCUUCCCGAGGCGCACAAGGCCGAGGUCGACAGAAAGCGCCUGGAAAUUAAGAAACUCAGAAUUAAAAAAGAGAUGGAAGAGAAGGCAGAAAGAGAUCGUCUUGAGCAGUUAGAAAGAGAAGAAGAGCAGAGGAGGCUUGAAGAAGAGAAGCAGAGCAAACGGCGAGGCAAGAAACAACAACAACAGCUAGCAGUUGAUCUCAAGGAUGGCAAAAAGAGUGUGGCGGCGAGUCGUAUCGGUGCCAGCGAAUCUAAAAUGGGUCAGAAAGGAGCUGGGGGCAAAGGUCAUGACGAUGGCUUGUCGGCCGCUAAGGCAGGUUCUACUACAGACCGUCCUGAGUCUCACCAGACAGAGAAAAGCGAUCCUGCAAUGGACCCUGAUGGAAAAAAGAAGAAAAGCUUGACUAAAGAUGGCAAGCGUCCUGACGGUAUUAAGGAGAAAGGCCCUGUGGCCGAGGGUUGCCCCGCUGCGGAAGAACCUGCAAAAGACCUGGCUCGAGAAUCUGAUAUGCUGCUCAUGCAGAGGUUCCGUACAUAUGAACAUGGAAUGAAGGAUAUUUUGGACCUGGUGGAGAACUGGGACAGAGCUGCGGGUCAGCUCAAGCGACCUCCAACACCGUCUGAUCGCUCCGAUGGAGACGAGGGUCACCCACCCUCAGGCAGGAAGGUCAAAGGAAAAGAAAAACAUGAUAAACAGAAGGAACGUGAACUUCAGGAGAAGUUAGAACGAGAAAAGGCUGAGAAAGCCGCCAAAGAGCUGGCUCAGUCUGAUGGGGAGGGCAUGGCCUCUGAUGAUGUAGAUGGAGAAGCAGAGGAGCCAAAACCUUCCAUCGUGAUUGGCAUCCCUCACAUUGUGGUGGACUGUGGGGAGCCUGAUGUUUCUCCUGGCCAGAGAGUGCUUUCCUCGGACAAACUUCCCAGCAUGGAAGAGGUACUGGAUGGGUUAGGCCUUGGCCCCAGGGGUCCCCCUAUCCCACCACCUGCUUCCUUCAGUGUCAUCCCCUACCCCGUCAAGAGGAGAGCGCCCCCUAUGGGAGAGAUGGCUGGACACUACAUGUUUGUGGCAGCCUCACCCGAUGACCCGAACAUAGGUGUAGAGGAGAAGGUUAAAGAACCUGAGAUAGAGGAGGAGAGUUGGACAGCUGAGAAGAUGAAGGAAGAACACACAACCGGGAAAACCAAGGGCAAAGAGAAACUGAAAGGAGGAACUGACAAACAGGUGGACAGGAGGAAGAGUGCUGGUAAACGCACGGCCUUGGGGAGGCGGAACUCCACCCAGCCCAUGUCCCCACCUCCUGGGGCUUCAACCCCAGCCUCAGAUGUGGAUGGACAGAGCACUACUGCAGACAGUGUGGCCAUCACAGAGCCAAAGAACCCAAAAUUGACCAUUUUCCGCUGGGUGGUACCUGCGAACAGUGAGGUCACCAUGAAGCUGAGAUUCCAGUCUGAAGAGCUGGGUCAGUUUGACCAGACCUUGAACUUUGAGAUUGUGGGUACGAGGCGACGAUACCAAGUGUACUGCCGUGGAGUUUGUGCCUUCCCUACCAUCAGUAGGGAGCCCAGAAUUGUCUUCCCUCACCGCAAAAAGUCGAAGAAAUUUGAUGAGAUAGUUCACAAGAAGUAUAUCCUGACAGAUGAGCAGUUUGAGUUUGGACCACUUCUGGUGGGCAAGACCAGAGACAGGUAUAAGGAGGGACGUUACCCUGAGAACAUGGAGAAGCUGACAAUCCUGAACACGUCCCCGCUGGAGGCCGACAUCAGCUUCUGCUUCCUCAAGGACAGUAAGGCAGAGACCUACAUCCUCGACCCGUCCAACAUGGUCCUCAAACCCGGUGAAUCACAGGAGUUGUCUGUGUGGGCCUACCCCAAAGUGCCUGGGCGGUUUGAGGAUGCUGUGGUGUGCUGUGUCAGAGAAAACCCUGAACCUGUGGUCUUCAAAAUCACUUGUGAUGGGGUCAGACCUGAACUGGAGCUGGACAAGAAACAGCUGCACUUUGACAAGGUCUUACUCCAUAGGAAAGACACAAAAACAAUUUAUCUGAGGAACAGCACAUUGCUGCCCGUUUCCUGGAAGCUGAGUGGCCUAGAGAACCUGGGUGAUGAUUUCUCUGUUGCCACAGACACAGGCAUUAUCGAAGCCAAAUCCGAGUAUGCCCUUAACGCUUUCUUCAGGGCCAUGAAACCUGUGAACCAGAUGAAAAAAAUGCUACGAUUAGAGGUGUCAGAUGUGGAAAACAUCAUGGGAGUUGUACAGACUGAAGCCAUACAGGUCCUGGCUGAAGCCUAUGAUGUUGCUCUGGACAUGAGCUUUCCUAAAGGUGCUGAUGGGGGUCUGGACUUUGGAACCAUUCGUGUUCUCGAUGAGGCCAAACAGACCUGCACCCUGAAGAACAAGGGCAAAUACGAGAUAGCCUUCAACUUUAUGUUUGAAGAUGUAGAUCCUGACAACCCAGGAGUGACCAGCCUGUUUUCUGUCCUGCCCCCUAAGGGCGGGCUGAGCCCCUUAGACAGACCUGCCCAGGUACAGGUGAUCUUCCGUGCCCAGAAGGAGAUCAAGGUGAAGGACGUUCCCAUCCUGAGAUGUCAGGUGAUAGAGCCGAACGUCAAAGAGGGCGGAGAGACCAUUGCCAGCAUUCCAAUCAAAGUUUCUGUCAGAUCAGUGUUCAGCAAGUACAAUAUCCUGCCCAUCAACGACAUCAACUUUGGCUCCUUAUUGGUGAACAGCAAAAAGACCAGGACCUUUGUCAUAGAAAACAAAGGAGAAUUUGACUUCAAGUACAGCAUUACGAAGAUGGUCAAGGAGUCGUCAGUUGCUUUGGCAGGUCGAAACACUAGACCGCCUGUAAAGGGAGAGAAGCGCGCCAAAUCACGGGAUGGCUCCAGCUCUGGCCGAUCUGUGGUUAGGGGAGGCAAGAAGGCUGAUUCUAUCAGUGAUAACAGUGAUCUGAGUCAGAUUGUUCUGAACCCAAAGCAUGGCGGCCAUUCCUCUCAGCAGCCACAGUCGCACAGAAGGGGAUUGGGUGGUACCAGACAGGAAGGAGGUGUACCUCAGUCACGAUUGGUCCUGGGAGCCUUCACAGUGUUCCCAGCAUUUGGAAUUGUCCUCCCAAACGGCCAUCAGGUCAUCUCUGUCGAUUGUGUGGCUGAACAUCAGGGCAGGUUUGAUGAGGAAAUGGCCAUAGAAGUCACAGACCGUGACCCAACUGACCACCCUAGUGGUAUACCCUACAGACUGCUGGCGGAGGCAUGUGUACCAUCCAUCAACAUUGACAAUGUGGGCAGUAUCUUCGAGGAACAUCGUAUUUGUAAUCUCAGCAUCUGGCAGCACGGACACCCGACUGAUGAUAUUGGGGUGUACGGUGAAGAAGAGAAGAGGUUUGUCUUCAACAAUGAUGUGGGCAGGAAGGCUAAAGCUCGCUUCAAGAUCUCCAACUCCAACAAGGUUCCCUGUGAUGUAGCUUUCUCAAUCAAGCCUCUGAACACACGUGGUGGUAGUAAGAUUACAGACAUCUUCGAGGUUGACCCUCCUCGCACCCAGAUCCCAAAUCAUAGCUAUGUGUAUGCUACGGUCACUUUCAAUCCGCCUUCCAUGCAGUCUUAUAAUGCCCUGUUUGAGACGUCCAUUGAAGGAAUAUCCACCUUACAGGCUAAAGGACGCAGCCUAAUCUUUGAGGUGUCAGGGGAGGGUAAUCUUCCCAGGGUGACCAUCAGUAAACCCGCUAUCAGAAACAAGAGGGGACAACCCUUACUGCUCUUUAAGCGCACCCUGGUGGGAAGAUCAGAGUCGCUGCCCCUGUUACUGACAAAUGAUGGCACCCUGCCAAGCAAGGUCGAUAUAGACUUGAUCGACCCAGAUGAUGCAUUCUCUUUGAGACUGACAAAGUCACCUGAUACUGCUGAAGAUGAGGGUAGACGCCGUGCUCACACAGCCUCUGUGGUGGUUGAUGUUGGAGAGUCUGUCGGUUUUGAUGCAAUUUACCGGCCUAACACCUAGAGGUCACAGGCUCACGUCCGGCUGAGUGUCCUUGACAAUCAGUAUGAGGACUCGGUCAUACAGAUGGUGGGGGAGGGAUACGAGGAUGACAUCACGCUGGAUAAUAUCCGCACUAUACAAACCCCUGUCGAUCCGGAACUAGAGGAGGGCAAUAUGGCUGAUGACGAUGUACCGGCUGCCAAGCCUAACCUGAUGAAGUUUGGUGACUGUUACAUCAAUGAGCAGAGAACUUUGUCACUAACCAUGACCAACCACUCCCAGACGGACACGUUCAGGUUCCAGUGGCCUGACCACCCGGAGCUCUCCUUCUCUCCUCAGAUAGGCCACCUCCGUGGGGGCACCUCCAAGGACAUCUCUGUUACCUUCAAGGCUGAGGGGCCCAAAACUAUGGAAGAGCAGCCUAUACCCUGUACCAUCACCAAAUCACAUACAACCAACCUGAAGAGGUUAGCAUUUUUGAUUCUCACAGAAUUCUUCUUUGAAUAUCGUUAUUCAUGUUUAGAUGUGGCUGACUGGGAUGAUCGAAUCAGGACGGUGAAAUGGGUGGAUGUACGACCCAGCACAGAAAGCCUUAACAGUGACUCUAAAGAGAAGUCGGGCACUCCACCCCCCUCCUCUCGUACAGUCAAGAAGAAAGUAGUGGAGUGUGAACCAGAGCCAGCUUUUAGCGAGGUGCCCGAGUCAAGCCGCACCGUUGACUUACUGGUCAGCGCCAUUUCUGACUACUGUAAAUACAAGUGUAAAGUGGACAGCAUACAGUUCAAGGACACCCUCAUGUUCCAGACAAGAGUUUAUGAAUUUGUUCUCAGCAAUAAGGGAAAUGUCAAGUUGGAUUUCAGCUGGCAGCUGGUGAUGGAGAAUUUCACCUUGUCCCAGCGCUCUGUGACCUUCUACUCUGAGCCUGAGCGACCAUCCUCCCGAAAUAGCCUGACUUUAGGGGAAAUCCCCUUCACGGUGGAGCCAGAGUUUGGCACAAUUCUGCCUGGGAAGAAAACCACCAUUUUGGUCAAGUUCUCUCCCCUUGAUGUGAAUGAGUUUGAGGGAAGAUUAAUAUGCAGCAUCCCUAACCUAGAGAAUGAGAAGCAGGGGCCAGCUAUAGGGGUGAAGGGCAAGAGCUUGAUGCCGUACUGCCACUUUGAGCUGGAGGACUCUGACUACAUCUCAGGAGCACGGCGUAACCCCGAGUUGCGCGGGCCUGGUGGGGCACCCCCAGGGUCAACUCUUGACAUCAACACCAGAGUUCUGGAGUUUUGGACCAUCGGUGUGGGAAUUACCAACACCAGAAAAUUUUCUAUCGUAAACCCGACAAAUCAAACGUACAAGUUUGAAUGGCAGAAUGAGGAUGAGUUAGAUCCGAAGAAGGUACCUUCGUUUAACUGUGUCACACCCAGAGGGAUUGUCAAACCUGGCAAGAAGGCUGAGAUUACAUUUGAGUUCACUUCUUGUGGCCUGGAUUUAGAGGAGUCUUUCUGGAAGUUUGUCAUCCCGGACCAGAACAUCAUGGUUCCGUUCCUGCUGGUGGGACACUCGAGAGACCCAAACAUCUCCUUUGACAGAUCUCACCUUAACUUCAAGGCUUUACUCAUAGGUCAUGAGGCUACAGAGGUUGUGUACCUGAUCAACAACGAGGAGGAGCCCUUCCCAUUCUCCUUCAGAGAAGAGUCCUGUCACUCAGCUGGCUUCUCCGCCCACCUGAAAGUAGAACCAAUCAGAGGCACUCUACCCCCAAAAUCAAGGAUACCCAUCAGCCUGAACUUCACAGCCAACUCGGACAAAGAGGUGAACUUUAACCUGAUAUGUAAAAUUAGACGCAAGUCCCAGCCCCUAGGGAUUAAUGUGAAGGGGGAGGGGUACUCCAUGAACUGUACUCUACUCUGUGAGGACUCAAACGGCAACAAGAUAGAACUCACUGAUGAAGGGCUUAACGAGAUAAAGUUUGGUGAGGUUGAAGUCCAUGAACGUGCCAUUCGCAACAUCUUCAUCAUUAAUACUGGAAAGUUUAACUUUGACUACAAGUGGGAUGUCCAUGAGCACUCUAUGCAUAAGGACAUGUUGACAUUAUCGCCUCUGGAGGGAGGGGUGAAGCACAGUGACAGGCAGAAGUGUGUGCUGUCCUUCUGUCCUCCAUGUAAGACCACGCUGCGGGGAUGUGAACUCGCGCUCAAGAUAUCCCACGGCCCUGUCUUCAACAUUCUAGUGUCAGGCCUUGGGGUAGUACCAGGGCUACACCUCAGCUUCCACUCCUUUGACUUUGGUCCAGUGUUUGUCCACAGAGCUGGCAUGCCUGCCAAAAUGACCGUCCUUAAACUGACCAACAGGGACAGAAAGAAGAUCAGUGUGGAUUGUCUGUACACGCCUACUGCCCAGCUGCAUCAUGCAUUUGGCGCCUGUGUGAUUAACCCAGGCGAGACGAUCAGUAUGCCCAUCACCUUCUAUCCCCGCCAGGCCAUCCAGUACCGUGAAACCCUCGUCUUUGAGAUCAACGGCCUGUCAAGGCAGAGUGUUGAGAUAUGCGGGGAAGGCACAGAUAUGAAGGUUGAGGUGGUUGACCCAAAACACAGAAUUGUCCAACUAGGGAAUCUGGUCAUACACAAAGUGGUGAAGAAGCAGAUACCAAUAGUGAACCAUAGCCAGGCUCCGAUCACCAUCACCCUUACCAACCACCCCAUUACUCAGCAGCUUCAGCACACUAAUGUUCUUAGGAUAAGCCCCACCCAGCCCAUCACGCUGCCAGCUAAUGGAGGACAGGCUAAGGUGGAUGUGGUCUUCGCACCCAAGUCAAGGAUACCCUCGUUCUCUGAAGAGGUUAUGAUGGAAUGUGCAGGGGUAAACCUGCCCCUGUUUGUGGUCAAGGGCUCCUGUCUAGGUAUGGACAUUCGCCUGGAUGCUGAGGCUAUCCCGUUUGGUGCUGUCAUAUACAGGAGUCAGAGCACCCGCAAACUCGUCAUGUACAACCAGGGCGACAUGAAUGCCAGGUUUGUCUGGGAUGAGAAGAGACUGCAGCCCGAUUUUUCCAUCUCACCUGUAGAGGGCUACCUCACCCCAGGGAUGGAGGUCACAUUUGAUGUCACCUUCCACCCCCAGGAAAUUAAUCAGGAUAUACGAUACGAUAAAAUCCGUUGUUACAUACACGGUGCUCCACAUCCCCCUGUGACCUUGACAUUGACGGGCAUGUGCACAACCCUGCCCGCAGUCAAAGAAGUGACACAUUUCUCCACGCAUGUGCGACAGAAGGACGUGAAACAGUUACCCAUUUCAAACAAAACUAACCAGACAUGGAACCUGAAGCCUAUCAUAGAUGGAGAGCACUGGUCAGGGCCCGUAACUCUGAUGGUGGAACCUCAGCAGACAAAGACAUAUGAGAUCACCUAUCAUCCACUUACGAUGACCCCUGAGGGCAAGAAACACCAGGGAUCUAUCUUUUUCCCCAUACCAGAUGGUACAGGCAUCAUGUUUAACCUGUCUGGUACGUCUGACCCCCCAAGGGCUAGCAAUCGCAUCAGCAGGGAGGUGCCAUGUAAGACCAACUACAUAGAGAUUCUCCCUGUGGAGAACUGGCUGAAAAAGCCACAGAGAUUCCGUGUGCAUAUAGAAUCCCUGAAGUAUGACAAGUUAGAUGUUGGCACAACAGUGAGAGGAAUGGAAUACAUCGAUGUUCCGUCCAACAGCAAGAAAGACUACAAACUACAUCAAGGAGUUACAUCUCAAGUCAAGGUGAUAUUCACUAAUGAGCAGACGAACGAGUACCAGUACUUUGAGGUGGUGUUCCGUUCUACUCGUCCUGGUGUGAUAGGUAACAUUGACCUGGUGACCCCUGUCCGACAGAGCGUGCCCUACACCAUCCUGAUGGAGAACCCGCUCGUCACCCCUGUGAUAUUCACCGCCACCUGUACGGUGCCGGAGGUGCUCAUGCCAACACAGCUCGUGUGCCAGCAGAGUCAGCAAAGACACUGGUGCCGUAUGAACAUAGAGUAUCAGCCUCUGAGGGUUGGAGAGACCCAGGGUCGCCUAGAGUUUAACUGCUCGGAGCUUGGGCUCUACACUUAUGACCUCAAUCUCAAGGCCACCCCAGCAGGUCCAGAAAGGGCGCUCUACUUCCGCACCUGUCUGGGCACCAGUCAAGUCCAGGUCGCCAAAUUUCUCAACUUUGCGAAACAGAAAGCGGACUACACCUGUAAGGUGGACAACCCAGACUUUCAUGCUGACAAAGCUGUGGCCGCUGCCCCAGGCUCCACAGGCGGGACUGAGAUCGGGCUAGACGUGACCUUUGAACCCUCCAAACUAGGCGAGCAGCGGGCCAUGCUGACAGUGAGCUCCCCACACGGCGGAGAAUAUGUCUUCCCUCUGUUUGGCUCCUGUGUCGCUCCCAAACCCCAGGGGCCUUACAUCAUCAAGGCAGGGUCCACCGUAGCCAUAAUGUUCAGGAACGUCUUCAGUAGUACCACUGCCUUCACGUUCCAGGUGGACAACCCCGCCUUCCACCUGACCAAGUCAGGUGAAAACAUCCGCUCGCGCAAGGACCAUCGUAUAGUGGUGGGGUUUGAUGGUAACGACACAGGCUCUAAGGCAUCUGUGAUGGGCAAGCUGAUCAUAACGUGUGCCAGGUCUGCUGGGGGUAACAGCAGCGCACAGUGGGUGUAUUAUCUUAAGGGCAUUACCCCCUAGACUGUCAAAACAUUUUGCAAAGAUAUGGAAACUGUUUCACUGAAUAGAAUACUGCUUUUAUACUGGAAACCUGUGGCCUUUGCAGUGUAAAACUACCACAAGUUGCUAGCGUGAAACUGUUUUCGAGAACAUUGGGUUUACUUCUUAAACGGUUUUAUACACUGAGUCAAAGAUUGUGAUAAGUAUUACAAUUGCUAAUGUGAAACAGUAUUCAAAUAUACCUUUCUUAAACUUGGAAAACUUUUGUAAACAGUUCUAAAUCGAAUUUGUAUCACACUUCCCAUCCUUGAAUACUGGAAUCUUGUGAAAAUGUGUUACCGUCUGUCCUAGUGCAUUCGAGACAGUUGCUAUUGCAAAAAAACUGCUCGUCGUCUGAGGCAGUAUUCAAAGCUUAAAGCUUUGAUAUUUGUAUCUUAAACUCAGAGAUAUGAUAUUUUUUAUUGUGUACAUGCAAGGUUGUAUAUGUAUUGUGUUAUAUGAUGAACUGUUCCAUUUUGAGUGUCGGUGUCAUACCCAGCUGCAUCUCUUUUAUUGCUAGUAUUGUGACCUGAUGCACAUGAAGCGCUUUAUGUCUGAUGGUGUGACUUCUUCCUUUACUGUUACCGUCCAUAGAUUAAGCAAAUUUGUAUUUUACCAGUGAUGUACAUUCCAGGUAAUGGAUGCAUAUGUAUGUGUUUGCUGUUUCUGUCCCAUUCCCUCAAUAUUUUCUGCCCUAUGUAUGUUACCAAAUCGUGUACAGUCCAGAUAAUAGAUAGAUAUGUAUGCGUUUACUAUUCCGUCCUAUGACCUUAAAUUUACGUUUAUUUAUUACUUUUACACUUAGUUCCAAAUGUUUAUGUAUUGUUGCUGGAUUUUAACCCCCAGUCUGUGAUAAAAAUAAAAAAAAAUUGUUGGCAAUUUGAAAUUCAAAAUAAAUCCAUUUUCAACACUGA